AUGCAGCACGUUCUGUGCACAGGUAAUUUGUGCACAAGGGAGACUUUUGACUAUUUAAGAUCUCUUUCAAGCGAUGUCCACGUGGUUCGAGGCGAUUUCGACGACGAGUCGCUCAAAUAUCCCGACACGAAAGUCGUUACAGUUGGCCAAUUUCGCAUCGGUGUUUGUCAUGGACAUCAAGUUAUCCCGUGGGGAGAUCCUCGGAUGCUCGAACUGCUCGCGCGCCAACUCGAUGUCGAUGUCCUUGUAACCGGAAACACAUACGAAUGCACCGCUUAUGAAAAGAAUGGAAAAUUCUUCGUCGAUCCUGGAAGUGCAACUGGCGCAUUCAGCGUCAACAAGGAUGGACCCGUCACACCAUCAUUCGCCCUUCUCGAUGUUCAAUCGGAUAGUGUUGUAACCUAUCUCUACCGACUAAUCGAUGAUAAUGUAAAAGUUGAUCGGCACAUCUUCAAAAAAUCAAAAAUCCUUUCUUAA